GGUGCGAUCGGUAAUUCUUGGGUCACUCACCGUUUGGUUUUGUCGUUAAUCAUAUAGUUGCUAGCUGGGAGAGCAAGCUCCGUUUAGCAGGUUUUUUUUUCGUGACUGUCGGACAAUCCAUAACGCUCUGCCAAAAUGUGUGAUGAUGAUGCGGGAGCACUAGUCAUCGAUAAUGGAUCCGGAAUGUGCAAGGCCGGAUUUGCUGGUGAUGACGCACCUCGUGCCGUCUUCCCAUCCAUUGUUGGUCGCCCGCGUCACCAGGGUGUUAUGGUUGGUAUGGGUCAGAAAGAUGCUUACGUCGGUGAUGAAGCUCAAUCGAAACGUGGUAUUUUAACGUUGAAAUAUCCGAUCGAGCAUGGCAUUAUCACUAAUUGGGAUGAUAUGGAGAAGAUCUGGCACCACACCUUCUACAAUGAACUUCGAGUCGCUCCGGAGGAACACCCAGUCCUGCUGACUGAGGCUCCGCUGAACCCCAAAUCGAACCGUGAGAAGAUGACUCAGAUCAUGUUUGAAACAUUUGCAUCGCCGGCAGUGUAUGUAGCUAUCCAGGCCGUGCUGUCACUGUACGCUUCCGGUCGUACCACCGGUAUUGUGCUGGACUCCGGCGAUGGUGUCUCCCACACUGUCCCAAUCUAUGAAGGUUAUGCUCUGCCCCAUGCCAUCCUCCGCAUGGAUCUGGCUGGCCGCGAUCUGACCGAUUAUUUGAUGAAGAUCCUGACCGAGCGCGGCUACUCCUUCACUACCACGGCUGAGCGCGAAAUCGUCCGUGACAUCAAGGAGAAGCUGUGCUAUGUUGCUCUGGACUUCGAGCAGGAAAUGCAGGCAGCUGCUGCUUCAUCAUCGUCAGAGAAGUCGUAUGAACUUCCCGAUGGCCAGGUCAUCACCAUCGGUAACGAGCGUUUCCGUGCUCCGGAAGCUCUCUUCCAACCGUCGUUCCUGGGAAUGGAAUCAACUGGCAUUCACGAGACGGUCUAUAAUUCCAUAAUGCGGUGCGAUGUCGAUAUCCGUAAGGAUCUGUACGCCAACAGUGUAUUGUCUGGUGGAACUACCAUGUACCCGGGUAUUGCUGAUCGUAUGCAGAAGGAAAUUACUUCCCUCGCCCCAUCGACGAUUAAGAUCAAGAUCAUUGCCCCACCUGAGCGUAAAUAUUCGGUUUGGAUCGGUGGAUCUAUCCUUGCUUCUUUGUCCACCUUCCAGUCGAUGUGGAUCUCGAAGCACGAGUACGAUGAGGGCGGCCCAGGAAUCGUUCAUCGCAAGUGCUUCUAAAGUGCUGCUGUAUGUGGUAGAGUAACUAUACCAAACCACAUCGCAACUUAUACCAUCAACUGCAACAAAACUGUGGGAUGAUCCCAAAAUCAGCUUAUACCGUUCGACGGUGCACUAUCUACAAUGUUUACGUAAUCUUGGUUGGACUCAGUGGGCGGUGAAUGUAGAAGCCUCUACCAUUAAAUGUAUAAAACGGCUCUGCAGCCGGAAUAUGACUAGGUAAUCCAUUAAGCUGGCUUUAAAAAGAACAUCAUCAUCGUUAGAAACAUAGAAAGAAAAGAAAAGCGAAGAAAAAGAACACAGCUAUGCUAGCUUAUCGCCCUACGAAUUUUUGUUUUUGUAAAUUUGUUCUUUUUUCGUAAUAAAAGGUUGAAAAAAAACAUAA